AUGGCUGGGGCCGUACGGCAACGACCUUUGCCGCACGGCAAAGAAAGGGAUAAGGGCAGGUCGAGCCCCACCCUUUCUCUCCUCCACACAGAACAGGUCGAGCUCGUACCCUUUCUCUUCUCCACCCCUUGCGCACCCCACCCCCUGCCGCCGGACUCGCCCCACGCCGCUGCCGGACUCGCCUCCCCUCCCAUCCCCUCGCACGCAGUCGCCGGCGCCCACUCCCCUCCCCCGGCUGCUGCUGCUGCUUCUGCCCGUGCACCGGCGCAGGAGACUGCUGCUGCCCGUCGCCGCCGCGCGCCCCCCUCACACGCAGUCGCCGCCGCCCACUCCUCUCCCCGGCUGUUGCGCCUACCUCCUCCCCCGCUGAGCCGCCGCCACUGCUGCUGCCCACGCCUCCUCCCCCGUCGACCCGCCAACCAGCCACGAACUGCUGCUGCCACCUGCUGCUCCGACCGCCACCAGCUGCUGCUCCGGCCGCCACCACCCGCCCCUGCAUGUAAAAGGCGAUGCUUCGAGGUGGACAUGAGGGGCGGAGUCACGGGGGUGUUUGAUGGGCGUUCCGGAUCUUCUUUGGCAGAGAUGGAAGCAAAGGAGCAGGCGGCCCAGGAGCACGCACGGAACAUGGAGCGGCAGAUUCUGGAGUAUCAGCAGCAGCAGACACAGAUGAUGCUGCAGAUGCAACAUCAACAGCAGAUGAUGCAGCAGCAGCAGGCAUCAUUUGGCAAAUGA